GAUUACAGUGGCCGCGAGUGUUUCACAUUUUGCCUUUACUCCGUAAUAUGCACAUAUACACACACACACACAAACAUACACAUUUCGAAGGCAGCGAUUACAAUAAAACAUUUUAAAAGUUUUUUCUCAUGGUACUCCAUUUUGAUGCAUAACCAGACCCCCCACCCCCACCCACUUCUUGGCUCAACACAAACAUUUGUACAUGACUGUACCUAUUCUGAAUGCUUUGUCUUCUGUCCUCCCAGCUUUUAGAAUGAUCCCCUACCCUCUGGAGAAAGGCCACCUCUUCUACCCAUACCCCAUCUGCACCGAGACCGCAGACAGAGAGCUGCUACCAAUGUUUCAUGAGGUGUCGGUGUACCCUAAGAAGGAACUGCCAUUCUUCAUCUUGUUCACGGCUGGUCUCUGUUCCUUCACCGCCAUGCUGGCCCUCCUCACACACCAGUUCCCCGAGCUCAUGGGAGUCUUCGCUAAAGCCUUUCUUAGCACCCUGUUUGCUCCUCUGAACUUCAUCAUGGAGAAAGUGGAGAGCAUCCUGCCAUCCAGUCUGUGGCAUCAGCUCACACGCAUCUGACAGUGACCAGCCUCGCCCGGACUUGACUGACACACUCUUUGUGCCAAUAUCAUGGAUUAGACGGACAGUGAGGAUGGAUUGGAAGAAAAGGGAAACAUGGAGUUCUGAAUUGCUUUUGACUUUAUUUGAUAUGUUUUCAUUUUGUCUUCAAAUCUCAUGUAAAACCGUUUUUUUGUUGUACAAAAAAAGGUGAUCAAUUGUCAUCAUUAAAAAAGUGGAAAAAUACAUAAAAUAAAGGACUUUUUGUGUAUA